ACGCCCCUAUGAUGGUAGGCGGGCGGCGCGGGGAUUUAUUAUGCCUAGCAUCCAGACGUACCGUGCGGAAUAUAAAUGCAUUUCCCCCAAAACUGACUACUGACUAGACUCUCCAUUUAUUGUUUACGUGCCAAAAACACCGUUUGGUUAUUUCGUGUUUAUUCUGGAAAAUCAUAGAAAUGGUGAAUGUUUGUGCUAUUGCUGGUUGUUCAAAUACACAUAAACAUGAGGGUGUUAGCUUCCACCAAUUUCCCUCGGAUCUCAAAAGGCGGGAGAUUUGGACGAAACAAGUGCAAACGACCAGAGCAAACUGGUCGGGCCCUUCCGCGCACAGUAAAAUUUGUAGCGAUCAUUUUGAGACAAGCUGCUACGAAGAUCACAGUUUGUACUUAUCGUUUGGCUUAAAAAGAAAGCGUGCAUUGAAGCCCGAUGCAUACCCAACAAUAUUCCCUGGGGACAAGGCGAAUUCGACACCGCUAGAUCCGCCGACCAGUGAAAGGGUUCGAACUUUAAUUGAGGCUUUUCCUAGGAUUAGACCAAGGGAACAGCACAGCUCUGUUGACAAACAAGAUACCGAGGAAGCAUCUGUCAAUAAGUGUGAGAGUGGAACUUGUACAGAUAACAAGGCCACAUGUCCCUUGCAAACUGUGCAUAAUAAAGACGAUAAGGAAAAUGACCUUUCUCAGCAAAUCAGCCACGAAACAAAAGCAGGAGCAAAACAGCCAUGCGUGACCAACAACCAGCACAACACUGUACCUGAAUCUGAGCUUCAGGCUCCAGACAAUGAUCUAUUGUCAUCAUCCACCAAUCAGCAGGAACACACAGCCACUAGCGGAACGGUACAUCUCGUGGUCGACGAUAAUGUGGUCCCUUUGGUAACUUCACCACUGCCUAAUGUAAAGGUGGUGUAUUUAAUAAAGCCAAAAGCUCAGGGACACAACAGUGAGAGCAGAUUCCAACAGCAACAGCAAGUGUCCCAACAGCAAGUGAUUUUCCCAGGACAAAGUAGACUUGUAUCAAACCCAGGGUGGAUAAGAAUAGAAUCAGUUGAACACCUUCAGGAGAAUCCUCAAGAUUCCGAGAGUAAUACAGAAACUCAAAAAUCAGUACUUGAAUGGGAGCAACAGAUUCGCCAAGGAUGUCAAACUCAUCCUGGACUUGUGUCAAAUGCAGGCAAGAUCAAGAUAGGCACAGAUGAACAGCUUCCGGUAGUUCAAGUUAAACAGGGGAGUUCUCCGGAGUUCCAGAAUGAUAACGGAAAUCAACAACCACUACUUCAAGAGAAGCAGCAGAUCCUUCCAGAAGGUCAAAUUGAUCCUGGACUCGUAUCUAAUCAAAGAAACAGCAAGACAGACUCUGUUGAAGAGCUUCCGGUAGUAAAAGUGAAACAGGAGCCUUCUGUGGAUUCCAAGAAUGAUAUGCAUGUAGGCUGUCCACAGCCAGUACUUCAGGAGAAGCUGAAUGUUUGCCAAGAAGCUCAAACGGACAGUGGACUUGGAUGGAUCAAGACUGAACCGUUGGAACAAGUCACGGAUGCUGGACUAGGGAAUGACCUCAUUUUCUUAACCAGUACCGGAGACGAAGUCAAGGUGGAUCUCUGUGCUGAAGGAAGGAACAAGGAUAGGAACGAUGCAGAAGUAUUUGUGAAACAGGAAUUUAUUGAAGAAGAGAAAACGUCAGAUAUCGGUGUUGAUCACAGAAAGGAGGAUAUGAUCGAUUACUUUCAGUUUCAGCAAGUAGACCAGACUUCUGAAGACUAUGAAAAUGCAGAGAUGUCAAAAGAUGAUAAGGAAGAAGAUAAGAAAGAAGAAGAUGAUGAUGGAGAUGGAGAUGAUGAUGAAGCUAAUGAUGAUAUGGAGAUGGAGGAGGAUUCCAGUGAUGAAGACUACGUCCCAUAUGUCAAAGGUCGUACACCCAAAGCAAAGUCACGAGCACGGCACAAGAAACCGAAGACAAAGUCUUACAGCUUUCGACAAGAUGUAAAACUUUCCAGACUUCCAGUGACUUACGAGUGCAAGACGUGUCAAGAGAGGUUCGUAGAAGCCGAAAGCAUGAGAAUGCAUUACACCAAGACCCAUCUGAACACCGACAAGCAAAACGACUCGGCGGGGAAUGGACCUUCAUUGUCUCUACAGGGCGACAUUCGUGAAAUAGCAGUGAUAUUGAAGCAGUGCUGGCAAUGUGAAGACUAUGUUGAGAACAUGCAGAGACAUGUGAAAAGUCACAGUUUUCACAACUUUGUAUGUGAGGUGUGCGGACGUGGGUUCUCAAAUCCCAAAUACUUACGUCGCCACCGAGAGACCCACAAAGCCAAGGAGGACAGGAAACUACACAAAUGUCCUGAAUGCGAUAAGGCAUUUGUCACCAAAAGCCUUUUCAGUAAUCACGUUGAAAAAAAGCGCUGCAAAAACGCUUCAAAACAUGUCUGCGAACAGUGUGGGAGACAGUUCGGUAAAUUACAUCAUCUGACCACACACAAACUUAUCCACUUGGAGGAAAAGCCGUUCAAGUGCUCCGAAUGUGGGCGGGGUUUCAGCCAAAGGGGUAAUAUGAAUCUGCAUAUGCGGACGCACACAGAUGUUAGGCCCUAUCAGUGCCAGAUCUGUCAGAAGGGCUUCAAACACAACGUUAGUCUGAAAAAUCACCAGAAAAACCACCACGGUAUGGACUGGUGGAAGGACAAACAAAACGAGAAAGUUGGCUGAAAUUGUUCCCA